UAUGGUAAUAUUUUAUGGAGCACUCAAGUUUAAAAAACUACACAAUACAGAGUUUAAUGAAUAGCCUUGUCUCAUUUCUGAUAUGUCCCACUUUGUGAUUGCUUGUGCGUUUUAAAUUUUAAUUUUGAGAUAUGCAUGAUGAUAGCAGUUCAUAUGAAUACAAUUAUUUGCAAAUGGAGUGAAAAACAGGGACACUGUCCAUUACAUGUGAAUACAGGUGUGGGUUAGGUUGAGAUAUUCAGAGAGGCAGGAAGUGGGAGGUCUUUAUCAACACCUCAGCCUCUGAUGUCACAUGAACAGACACAGAUGUAAAAUCGCAUUGAAUAGAUAAUGAGAGAAAACAACUCAAACAUUUAAAAAAUGCCUUGGUCUAGGAGAUCUAAUACACAAUAAUACACAAUUACAUGUGGUGUGCUCCACAGGAUCAGCUACACACUGCAUUUUGUUUAUUUUAUUAAUUUACAUGACAUUUUCAGGUCUAGCAAUCUUUAAAAUCACUUUACAAAAUGUGAUUUUCACAAAUUAAUAAACAUAAAAUUUAAUUUAAAUUGAAUAAGUUUUAAGUCACUUUUAGGCCCCCGGCCUAGAGAGCCCUGGCCCCCUGGUUGAUAUCCACUGGCAUAUAUUUAAUUUACAAUAAAUACUUAAAUUGCUUAUUUCAAGUCUGAAAUAGUCUGGAACAUGGAUAAAUCAAAUGUUUCAUUAAAAAAAAGACAAACAAGAUGACAGUGUGAGUGGUGAAUGUGUUUGCAGUGUCCACUGAAUAGUUAGACUCUACACUUUGCCCUCAACACAGGCCGAGGCUAAAGUUCACCAAGAGAGGGAGAGAAAGAGAGAGAGAGCAACAGAGUAAGGGAGGAGGGGAUGAAGGGAAAAGCAAGUAGCAAAAAAUCCCAUUUCAAAGCAAAAGGACAACAGGUGUCUAGAUUUAAUACAGGAGCAGAAACAGAAGAACGCUGGAAAACGAAGAGAAGAAAACGACAAAGAAAAUGAAAACAAGCUGUUCAUGUGAAAGACAAACUACUGAACUCAAAGACAGAGGUGAAUAUUGAAUGUGUGUGAUAUUGUUUUGCCGUGUGUCUACAUCUGUUUGCACACAAAGAGUGUGUUGGUAAUUGCUUCAGUGACACGGACAUAGCUUCUGUGAGCAAAUUAUAGACAAAACACGGCUGCUUAAACACCUCCGAAUGCAAGAGAUGGAGGGAGGAGAGGGGAGAAGAGCAGGAGGAGAACGAAGCAGCCGGCUGUCGGCCUUACAGGAGCAGCUGGUGUGGUCUCUGCUGGGAUCAGGGCUGUCAAAAGAGCUGCUGAUCCAGGCCAUGGGAGAUCUGGAGCGAGAACGGGCCUCGGCCGGUGCAGAGAAGAUGGAUCGGGCUGAUGGCGAGAGCUCGGAGGAGGGAGACAUGGACAAUCCACCUCCUAUCUUCCAUGAGCUGGAGAGGCUACCGCCAGAGGAGGCCGCGAGGCAGAGAGCUGAAGUGGACCAGCUGUUGCAAGAGGAUCCUUGGCACAUGGCUAAAAUGAUAAAAAGCUAUAUGCAGCAGCACAACCUACCACAGAGAGAGGUGGUGGAGUCCACUGGCCUCAACCAAUCCCAUCUCUCCCAGCACCUCAACAAGGGCACACCCAUGAAGAAUCAAAAGCGAGCUGCUCUGUACAGCUGGUACGUCAAGAAAAAGGCAGAGAUCAACCAGCAAUUCACCAAUGCCAGUCGAGGUGUUGUGUCAGGAGAGGAAUCCGGGGAUGAUGUAAGAAAGGGACGGAGGAAUCGAUUCAAAUGGGGCCCAGCAUCCCAACAAAUCCUGUUUCAGGCCUAUGAACGACAGAAAAACCCCAGUAAGGAGGAGAGGGAGGGACUGGUGGAGGAGUGCAACAGAGCGGAGUGUCUUCAGAGGGGAGUUUCUCCAUCUCAGCUGGCUGGCCUAGGCUCUAAUUUGGUUACAGAGGUUCGUGUAUACAAUUGGUUUGCAAAUCGGCGUAAAGAGGAGGCAUUUCGCCACAAACUGGCACUGGACGUGCCCUACAGCAGCCAAUCAGCUCCCUCCACAGGCCAGACACUAACAUCCAGUCCUUCACCAGUUCUGAAGUACAGCCAGCCAGUUCUGAAGUACAACCAGUCAGUGGUUUGUGAGAGUCUGGGCACAGUUAGAAGCUCCAGUGGUGAAGACCAAGGUGGCGGCGGUCGUCUAGCCAGUCCUGUCCAACUAGAACCCAGUCAUACACUGCUGGAUACACACCAUCACAAACCAGCAUCUGGUGGUGGCUCCUUACCUCCAGUCAGUACUCUCACUUCCCUGCAUGGAGUUUCAGGAUCCUCUGCUGCCCCUCCAGGACUGAUCAUGGCAUCCCUACCAAGUGUAAUGAGUCUGGGGGACUCCUCACUUUUCAUAGGCUUGACGUCCUCUCAACCACAGACGGUCCCUGUCAUCAAUAACAUAGGGGGAGGCUUUACUACCCUUCAGCCAAUCUCGUUUCAGCAGCAGCUUCACACCUCACCUCAGCAGCCAAUAACACAGCAGUUUCAGAGCCACAUUUGCCCAAGCUCCUUCAUGGCAACAAUGGCACAAUUACCAUGCCACAUGUACAGCAAGGCAGACCUGAGCUCUUACACCUCCAGUCUCCUGUCCCAGGCCAUGGUCAUCGCAGACAGCAACAGCAUCGGGACGCUGACUAACCUCACAUCUGUUCGACAGAUUCUCACCUCAGAUCCUGAGGGUCACUCAGACACUCCCAUUGAAGAAGAGUCUUUACAUCUGCAGUCCACUUCACCUGAGCCAGUGUCUUCUGGCAGUUUGGAGCUCUACCCUCAGACACACACGAGUGAAACCCAUUCUUCUCACCUGCUCUCCUCUCCACCCGGAGAUAUAGACCCUUACAUGCCUACACAGAUGGUCUCUACUGCACAGUAGCUGCAGCUACUGAUGGAAAUACCACUGAGAGCUGGUCUAACUCUUUCAAAUACAUUAGAGAGCAAAAUUAAAUUAAAUAAAUAUUAGCAGUCCUUCUAAAAAACAAACUGCCACAUUGCUACCUGCUGCCUACCCACACAGAGGAGGAAGAAGAAAAACUUUAAACUCUAUAAAAUCAUUAAAACCUUUAAAUUAUGCUCCAUAAAAGAACUGAGUUCAAUUCAAUAUGGAAUCUUUUGUGAACACUGUACAUAAAUUACUGUAAAAAUAUAAAUGUCAUCGUUCUAGAUUUCUGUGUCUAGUCAGGCUGUAAGACUGAUUAAAAUUAAUAAAAAGUUUCGAAAAAUA